GGGAAGCAGCACUAGAGUUUCUCAAGAAAGAAAAAACCAAAGUCGUGAAAUUGAAGAUAGUCUCCGCACACGAAGCUUUGUCGCGAAUUUGCGAGGAGGUGCUAGUAGGAGUGGUGGUGAAGUGGAAGACGAGGAGAAGUACGCGGUCGUGGCGCUUCCAAGAAGACAGAGCCAGAAGACUACUAGAAAGUCGAAGAGGAAAAGUUCUACGGCAAGUUCCGAGAACGAUGACAAAGCAGAGGUGGCACGAGCAGAUCGGUUCACGCUUGUCUUUGACACUCUGGAAGCCCUUGCUGGGCAGGGGGCAGGGACAGGUGUUGGAGAUGCAACGAACAGAAACGCUGAGGCAGGGUCAGAAACUCCACCCCAGGACAGAAAUACGCUAGAUAACGAUAAGGAGGUACAACGACGCCAGAACACUAAGGAGAAUUCAUCUUCACCUAAAUCUAAACCCGUCUUGCACAGCACUACGACCGCAUUGGAGCGGCGACGGAGACAAAAAGAUGAUCUUCACUCAGGAACCCCGAGUCCAACACCAAGAAUCGUAGCGAAGCCUAAGGUUGUGAAGAAAGGUGCAACAGCAUUUGGAGGAUCCCUCGCUCUGCCAUCGCGACGACCCAUUAACCAG